AUGACAGCCACUCGGCUCGCGCCCGCCUGGGUGGCCAGCCUGUCGUUCCUCUUGUUGCUCCUCCCCGCCGUGCAGGCAGAGGGCAACCCAAUCAUACGGCUGAACUUCAUCCAAUGCAUAAAUCCCAGCCAUGACAUCUACAUCACCAAUGUCAUCCAGUGCACUGCCAGCGUGACCCUGUCGGCCCUGCCUGCCACCGGCUACCACGUGACAUACAACCUGGCUGGCGCCCAGGGCACGGCCGACGCCGUCCCCACCCAGCUCACCUCCUUCCUCAGCUGGAGCACGCCCGGCAGCUACGACACGGGGUGGGCCUACGCCUGCUGCUCCCUGGCUGCGCGGGGAGUGGUAUGCGUGACCGUGGUGACCACCGCCCGGCACGUCAACCCCAUCUACCUCACUUUUGAGCUGGGGUCGGGGGUGUUCCGCAACUCCUACUCGCCCACCAGCCUGACCCAGAGCGCGCAGUCCGUGUUUGUCGACGCCACCCAGGCCACCGGCACCUGCUCUGCCUCAGCCUACGACUAUGACGGCGAGUUCAUCCAGACCCCCGACGUGGACCUGACCCCGACGCCCGCCACCACCCAAGACGCAUUCUCCACCCCCACGCCGGAGUCUGCCUCCUCCACGUGCAAAACCCACUAG